AUGGUGAGGAUCUCCUCUAUCCUUAUAGUUUCUGGUUAUCUGACUGUGUGUGUGUAUGUGUGUGUGUUUCAGACAUCUCAGGGCGUUCAGCCCAAACGCUUUAAGACUCUUCCUGAGUUGAUUCAGUUGUAUCUGCAGCCCAGUCAAGGCCUUGUGACCACACUGCUGUUUCCAGUGGAGAGAGAGGAAACCACAGAGGACAGAGAUUACUCAGAUGGGGAAGAUGAGAAGCCGCCCCUCCCUCCACGCACCGCCUCCACCAGCAGCUCUGCAGGCUCCGCCCUCAUCAGUCCAGACACGCCCCCUGAGAACGUGACGGCGUCGAACGGCCUGAGCACCAUCUCUCACGAGUAUCUGAAGGGCAACUACGCUCUGGAUCUGGAGGCUGUCAAGCAGGGAGCAAACAGCCUUCCUCACCUCAACAAGACGCUGGAGGCAUCCUGCAAACGCCUGCAUGGGGAGGUGGAUAAGGUCCUAUGUGGUCUGGAGAUCUUGUCGAAGGUCUUUGAUCAGCAGAGCGCCUCCAUGGUGUCCAGAAUGAUCCAGCAGACCAUGUCUCAGGGUGGAGAUCAAGAGCUGGAGCAUCUGGUCACUAAACUGGCCAUCCUCAAAGAUCUGCUGUCAUCUAUAGAGAAGAAGGCUCUGAAGGCUCUUCAGGACAUGAGCUCAUCUACUCCGAACAUCUCACCGCUGCUGUCCAUCAGACACAAAGCUAUUCCUGUGCAGACCUUCGAGUCUAUGGAAAGUCCUCACAAUUCACAGAAACAAACGUGCGGGAAGAGUCAGAAAUACUCGCUGAGUGUGGACGUGGAGGGAGGAAAACUGGUGGUGAUGAAGAAGAUGAAGGACGCGCAGGAAGACUGGAACACGUUCACACACGACAAGAUUCGGCAGCUGAUAAAGUCUCAGCGUGUUCAGAAUAAACUCGGAAUCGUCUUUGAGAAGGAAAAAGACAAAAGCCAGAGGAAAGAUUUCAUCUUUGCCAGUGCAAAAAAAAGGGAAGCGUUCUGCCAACUGCUGCAACUCAUGAAGAACAAACAUUCCAAUCAGGACGAGCCAGACAUGAUCUCCAUAUUCAUCGGAACAUGGAACAUGGGCAGUGUUCCUGCUCCGAAGUCGAUGGGAUCGUGGAUUUUAUCCCGAGGUUUGGGGAAGACUCUGGAUGAGAUGGCGGUGACGAUCCCUCAUGACAUCUAUGUGUUCGGGACGCAGGAGAACUCGGUGUGUGAUAAGGAGUGGGUGGAGACGCUCCGCUGCGCCCUCAAAGACUACACCGAGAUCGACUACAAACCCAUCGCAGUGCAGACGCUGUGGAACAUUAAGAUCGUGGGGUUAGUGAAGGCCGAACACGAGCACCGCAUCAGUCACGUGGGAAUGGCAGCCCUACAAACAAGCAUAGCAAACUUGAAAUGAAACAAAGGAGCAGUGGGCGUGUCUUUCAUGUUUAACGGGACGUCGUUUGGUUUCGUGAACUGUCACCUGACGUCCGGCAAUGAGAAAAUCCACAGACGGAACCAGAACUAUCUGGACAUCCUGCGUCAGCUGUCGCUGGGCGAUAAACAGCUCAACUCCUUCGACAUCUCGCUGAGAUUCACACAUCUCUUCUGGUUUGGCGACCUCAACUACCGUCUGGACAUGGACAUACAGGAAAUCCUCAACUACAUCAACAGGAAGGAGUUUGAGCCAUUGUUGAAGGUGGACCAGCUAAAUCUGGAGAGAGAGAAGAACAAGGUCUUCCUUCGCUUCGUGGAGGAGGAGAUCACCUAUCCGCCCACGUACCGUUAUGAGCGCGGCUCGCGAGACACGUAUGUCUGGCAGAAGCAGAAGGCGACUGGGAUGCGGACCAAUGUUCCUUCAUGGUGCGACAGAAUCCUCUGGAAAUCCUAUCCGGAGACGCACAUCGUGUGCAACUCUUACGACAAAAAGCACAUGUCAGAUGGCCUGAAGAUGCGGACCAAUGUUCCUUCAUGGUGCGACAGAAUCCUCUGGAAAUCCUAUCCGGAGACGCACAUCGUGUGCAACUCUUACGUGAAUUUUGAACAGGCCUACAUCGAGUUCGAGAACAUCGAAGCCAUCGUCAAGACGGCCAGCAGAACCAAGUUCUUCAUCGAGUUCUACUCAACCUGUCUGGAGGAGUUUAAGAAGAGCUAUGAGAACGACACUCAGAGCAGUGAUAACGUGAACUUCCUGCGCGUGGGCUGGACAUCCAAACAGCUGACCACACUGAAGCCCAUUCUGUCCGACAUCGAGUAUCUGCAGGACCAGCAUCUGCUGCUGACCGUCAAAUCCCUGGACGGAUAUGAGUCCUACGGUGAGUGUGUACUGGCGCUAAAAUCUAUGAUUGGCAGCACGACGCAGCAGUUCCACACUUACCUGUCUCACCGCGGUGAAGAAACAGGUAACAUCCGCGGCUCCAUGAGGGUCCGAGUCCCGUCUGAACGCAUGGGAACAAGAGAACGACUCUACGAGUGGAUCAGUGUGGAUAAGGACGAGACGGGCGGACCGAAGGGCAGGACUCUUCCUCCUCGAGCCGGACACGACUAUGUGAAACCGUCCAGCAGCAGGAAGCUGGGCUCAGCUGACCUCGGGAAAGUCUCAGAGGAAGGAGAGAAGCACUCCUGCAAAGAGGAGAGUGCACAGAACAGAGGUAAAAAGGAUCCGUUCGAGGGCGACGCCACGACGUGCAAAAACAGCUUCAAUAACCCCGCCUACUACAUUCUAGAAGGCGUUCCCAACCAAUCCGCUGCUCUGGCCUCUGACAUGCUCCCGAGCUCCGCCCUCCCUCCGCUAGCCAAUAAAACAGCUCCUCCUGCAGGCGGUGUGGGGAAAAACAAGCCGCCCAGUGGAAGUUCUGCACCAGGUCGAAGGCAGACGUCUGGACGCCCGGUUCAGCCCAUCAGCGAGGAAGGGUCUUUGGAGGAUGAUGGGAACAUCGGGUCUCUAAAUCGUCCCCCGCCGGAUUUCCCUCCUCCUCCGCUGCCCAAAGGAGCUCUGGAGACGGCAGAGAACUCGUUCAGAAAACCACAAAAACUCACCGACAUCAAGAUCCCGCCCCUGUCUGUGGUUCCGUCCAAUCCGCUGUCGUCGCUCGGCUUCGUACCGCCCUCUGGUGGAGGGGGCGUGGCCUUCAGUCUGGAUGCUCCGCCCACGCUGAACCCAAACUCCGCCCCUUUCCGGCGAGGAGGCGGGGCCUCGGGACUGGACGACCAGUCGUGUUCAGUGCUGCAGAUGGCCAAGACUCUGAGUGAAGUAGAGUAUCCGUCGGGGAGAGGUGUCUUGAAGACGAGCGCUCCUCACAUCAGAGGCCUGACCUUCCCUCCGCACUCCAUACAGGAGGAGAGCAUCGCAGAAGACCUGCCCGAGGAGGGUCUGUGGCAUGACGAGAGCAGCAGCAGCAGUCUGUCGGUGGAGUGCAGUGUCGGUGAGUGGCUCCAGAAGCUCGGUCUGCAGCAUUACGAGGAGGGACUGCUGCACAACGGCUGGGACGACCUGGAGUUCCUCAGUGACAUUACAGAGGAGGAUCUGGAGGAGGCGGGAAUUCAUGACCCCGCCCACAAGAAAAUACUGUUGGCCAGCUUAAAGCAACAGCAGCAGCAGAAAUGAGAUCCAGACCGGACUGAACGAGAGAAACUUUGCACUGGUAGAGAAAGUGGUUUUAAUUUAAUCCGAUGUAAUAAAGCUGGUCAUUUUAGUUCAUAAUAUUAUUUAAACAUGUCAAAAAGGAUGUGUCACUACAGCCCCACCCUCAACUUCCUGUCAUCUGUGUCGGGAGGAAGUGACGUCAUCGGAACAUUCCUCACCUUUGGUGACUGAAGUGUUAAUUACGAACAGUUUGUUUUUCUUGCAUGUUUUAUGACUUUAAAGGAAAGGGAAAAGCCAAAAUCAGCAGCUCACUGUGUUUAUACGUUUGCGUUUGUUUCUCUGCCUUCGUUUGUACGAAAUCAAUCAGUUUGUUGGAUGCACACACACACUCACACACACACUCUCUCACACACACACACACACACACACACUCACACACACACACACACUCACACAUGCACACACUCACACACACACACACACACUCUCACACACACACACUCUGAUCUCAUCAGCAGGUGGCUCUGGAUGAUCAGCGCUUCAUUUGAGAUGUGAAUCUUUGUCUGUUCGUUCAUUCAAUAUGGUUCCGAUUCAGAUGCAGUCUGAUUCGUUCGUCGUUUUUUCGAUGAGUUCGGGAUGAAAUCGCAUCUUGCUGUCGGAUUCAGUGUUUGUGUCUUGAGUUUCCAGACGUCGGUCUUGUUUCAGAUGAGCUUCAGUUUGGAAAGCUUUCAGAGUUUUACCUCGUCCUGUAAUGAAUCACUCCGUGGAAACACAGCUGUAGUCUUUCUCUUUGGAUUCUUACAGCAGGAAAACUGUUUGUUUUAUUUAACAGUGUCUUUAACUUUAUUAUAAUUGGGGCGUUUCUCCUCAAAUGCAUGUAUAAGUUCUUGCAUAAUUGUUUUGUGUAUUAAGUUUUAACAUUAUACGUUUCUCACCCAUCAUUCAUAAUUAUAAUCCUUUGAAUAUUAUUAACUGUUUAACUCUGUGUUGUUGUAAGUUAAUAUUGUGUUUGAGUUUCUGUCCCUUUAAUGUGUUUUUGUUUUUCCUUUUUUCUAUUGAAUAAAAAUUCAAAUCUAAUGUUCA